AAGAUUAUUUUUGACUGUCCUGCAGGUGCAUUUCAGAACUUUCUUUUUAUGAAUGGCAUUGGAAUCUCAAAAUGUCCUCCAGGGGGGAGGGUGCCAUCAACCUAGCAGAAGUAGCACUGGAGAAGGGAAGAUCCGCUUCGAAACAACUGUGAUGAACCUCCAGAAGAGUGAUCCUCCAAGCUCCGGCAGUUCUGACAGUGGUGAUGGUGAAAUUGUGUGCAAUGGAAUCAUCUUUGAUGAUGACAUAGAUUCUGGAAUCGGGAUGUCUAGGAGAAGUUCCAGUCCAAGUCCUCUUCCCACAAAGCCCAUUCUACAGCAAAAGGGUCCUGGAAUGCACAUGGGGAUUGCACCACCCAGAAAGAGAACAAGGUCUCUUACUGCUGGAUCCAAUUUGAAAAGUUCUGUUUUCCUUCGAGCCCAGAAUCGUACCAUAUACACUGCAGGGCGACCACCUUGGUAUGAUUUCACUAGUGGUCAGCAGGUUGAACCAUUCAUUAUUGGAAUCUGUGGUGGAAGUGCCUCAGGAAAGACAACGGUGGCGAAGAGCAUCAUUUCCCGUCUCAACAUACCAUGGGUCACCCUCCUGAGCUUGGACUCCUUCUAUAAAGUAUUGAAUGAAGAGCAGCAUCUUAAAGCUGCAGCAAAUGGAUACAACUUUGAUCAUCCAGAUGCCUUUGACUUUGAAUUGCUUCUGAGCACUCUGAGGAAACUGAAAGAAGGGAAAAAAGUUGAGGUGCCAAUUUACAACUUUUUGACUCACAGCAGGGAAAACCGAACAAAAACCAUGUAUGGUGCAACUGUGAUCCUCUUUGAAGGAAUCUUGUCUUUCUAUGACCCUGAGGUAUUGAAGAUGGUAGACUUGAAGCUUUUUGUGGAGACAGAUGAUGAUAUCCGACUGGCCCGCAGACUUAGAAGGGACAUUUCAGAAAGGGGACGAGACUUGGCAGGUGUUAUUCAUCAGUAUGAGAGAUUUGUGAAACCUUCCUUUGAUUUUUAUAUUGCUCCAUUGACACUUCAUGCUGACAUCAUUGUUCCUCGAGGCGGGGAAAAUGAAGUUGCUCUCAGUCUCAUUGUGCAGCAUGUUCAUUCCCAGCUUCUAGCUAGAGGGUUCAGAGUGAGGGAGAAGCUGGCACAAGAGAGUCGUAUGGGGUGCCUUCCUAAUUCCCUCUUUGUCCUUCCUGAAACUCCACAGGUGAAAGGCAUCCACACAUUCAUUCGAGACAGAGAGACAGACAGGGAUGAAUUUGUUUUCUACUCAAAAAGGCUGAUGAGACUUCUCAUGGAAUACUCCCUCUCUCUACUUCCCUUCAAUGAAGUAGUUGUGGAUACUCCACAGAAUCAGCCUUAUCAUGGGAAGAGGUCUCAACAAGAGAAGAUCUGUGGUGUGUCUAUAUUGAGAGCUGGGGAGACUAUGGAGCAAGCUCUGAUGGAUGUUGUCAAAGAUGUUGGCAUUGGGAAGAUUCUCAUUCAAACCAACCCUAAAACAGGAGAACCUGAGCUAUACUACUUCAAGCUGCCAAAAAACAUCAAGGACUACCAUGUGAUCUUGAUGGAUGCAACAGUGGCAACAGGAGCAGCUGCAAUUAUGGCAAUUCGUGUCCUUCUUGAUCAUGAUGUUCCUGAAGAGAACAUCAUGCUUCUGUCACUUUUAAUGGCUGAAAUAGGUGUGCACUCCAUUGCAUAUGCUUUUCCCAAGGUGAAGAUUGUGACAACAGCAGUGGACAAAGAGGUGAAUGAAAAAUUCUAUGUGAUACCAGGGAUUGGAAACUUUGGGGAUCGUUUUUUUGGGACAGAACCUCUAGAGUAGAAUAGGCAACAAAAUGAUACGCAUGAGCUUCAGAAUAUGUGUGUUUUUUUUAAGGGUAUCUUCAGUUUACCAUGGGGAUUGAUAUGUGGAAAGGUAUAGCCAUCGCCUAGUGUCUCAUUGAAUUUUGCUGUCUCACUCAGUAUUUGAAAAAUCAAAGCAACAUAUUUAGAGCUUGAUCCAAGUGCAUUGCCAUGAAGCAACCAGCAGAAGAGGAGAAUGAAGCUGAUCAGGAUCAAAUCUGGUGUGCAAAACAAGUACCAUGGUAGUGAACUAGAUACCUGAUAUUAAAGCAAGCAGGUGUGAUGUUACUUUCUUCCUGAAUGAGUGAUGUAUAACAUUUUCUAGUAGUGAUGUUUUCCCUUGUAUGAUCAUGUCAGAAGAUAAUGCAUUCAGGAAUUUUCACUUUACUCUGUGACUAUGGGGGAUAGUGUCUGCAGAGUUUUGCAGUUAACUGUGUAACAACACGCUAGUUUUGUAGUUUUGAUGUACUGCCUGUCUCCCACAUCAAUUUUCAUGUUUUCUGAAGUCUGAAUUGCCAUUGCUGUUGUGUCUGAUGUGACUUCCAGACAAUUUGACCACAAUAGUUUGAUAGGCUGUGCAGCUGUGGUUGAAGUUCUCCAUCA